AUGGACGAAGGGUCUCUGUCGGACUGCGAGGGGCUGGCGGGGGAGCGCUGGGCCCCGGUGGGCGCCGUGUCCAGUCCCGAGGAGGAGCCGUCGCCGCCGCCGCCGCCGCCGGUCGGUCUCGGGCCCCCCGCCCCGCUAGGCCCGAGCCCCGGCUCGGCCGUGACCGUCAUGGCCGAGAAGCUGGUGCGGCUGGAGGGCGAGCAGGAGCUGCUCAACUCGUCGCUGCUGGCCCUCACCUCGCACUUCGCCCAGGUCCAGUUCCGCCUCAAGCAGAUCGUCCGGGCGGGCGGCGAGGAGAAGGAGCGGCUGCUGGGCGAGCUCGAGGACUUCGCCUUCAAGGGCUGCCCUCAGGCCUUCGGGACCCGGGGCGGCGACCCGCGGCUGCUGGGGGACCCGAGCGAAAGGGAGAAGCUGGAAAGACUUGAGGUUCAGCGCCAGAAACAAAGGGAACUGAUUAUACAACUGAAGACUCAGCUGGAUGACCUAGAAACGUUUGCUUAUCAGGAAGGCAGCUACGACUCACUUCCACAGUCCAUUGUCCUGGAACGCCAGCGGGUCAUCAUUGAUGAAUUGAUUAAGAAGCUGGAUGUGAAUCUGAAUGAAGAUAUCGGCAGCUUGUCUGCAGAUGAACUCAGGCAGCGCGUGGACUCUGCCAUCGCCCAGAUAGUCAACCCGGCCAGAGUGAAGGAGCAACUGGUCGAUCAGCUCAAGACUCAGAUCCGUGACCUGGAGAUGUUCAUCAACUUUCUCCAAGAUGAAGUUGGAAGCACAGCUCAGAUUGAGAACGGGAAGUGUUCGUGUGAUUCCAAAGCCUCCACUUCAAAAUCACGCUACUCAAACCACCAAGCAGCGGAUUCAGAGGCAACCGAAAGGAUGAGAGAGGCUGGGUUAAACCUCAUGCGCCGUGCUCUGGCGGUCCUACAGAUAUUUGCGGUCAGUCAGUUUGGGUGUGCGACCGGUCAGAUUCCCCGCGGCUUGUGGCAGACAGACGAGACCAACAAGGACUACUCUCCGCUGCUCCUGAAGCUGGAGGCGGCGGUGAAUAAGGUGAAACAGCUGACGCUCAGCCGUCCCCAGGGAGGGGAAGAGCACGUCAUCAGCAGUCAGGACCUGUGCCUCAGCGGGAAGGACAGCCUAACUCUGGCCGUGCGCAAGGAGCUGUGCGUGGCCCUGCGUGAGCUCCUGGCUCACGGCCUGUACGCCUCGUCUCAGGGCAUGAGCUUGGUGCUGGCCCCCAUCGCCUGCCUCCUGCCCUCCUUCACGACCUCGCCCCAGACCAUACACCCCUGGCAGCUCUUCGUCAAGUACUACCACAGCAGGAACGGGCGAGCCUUCGUGGAGUCUCCGGCCCGCAAGCUGUCGCAGUCCUUCUCCCUGCCGGUGGGCGGGGGGGGCUCCAUCACACCGAAGCAGAGCCUGCUGAGUGCGGUGCACACCGUCCUGACGGAGCACGGCCCCUACAAGCGCAGCGCGGACUCCGAGUUCAAGGCCCUGGUGUGCAUGGCGCUGAACGAGCAGAGGUUGGUGUCGUGGGUGAACCUGAUCUGCAAGUCGGGCACUCUCUUGCAGCGUCACUACCAGCCCUGGAGCUACAUGGCAUGCACCGGGUUCGAGAGCUCCCUGAACAUACUGAGCCAGCUCAGCAACCUGCACUUCAACCUGCCCGUCGACAUCGCCGUCCGGCAGUUAAAGAACAUCAAAGAUGCUUUUUAACGUCUCUCUCUUCCCCCCCCCCCCCCCCCC